AUGUCAACCACUACCCCCACCAGGAUAAGAUAUCAUAAGCGAACUCCUACUGGUCUAACAAAAAGUGAACAAGAAAAUUGGGAUCCAAAAAUUUUGGGCUUAUGGGAGAAAUGCGCCGUUGGUGAUAACAAUGACAAAGAAAGCUUUCAAAGAUCGUUUGUUCGUCACGUGACCACAACUCUCGCCAGAUCAGUUUAUAAUAUCGAUAACUUUAGUGCAUAUCAAGCCACCGCUAACACUGUUCGUGAUCGAUUGAUCAAACGAUGGAAUGAUACUCAGCAGAGUCACACUGAAAGCGACCCAAAGCGUGUUUAUUAUCUAUCUUUGGAAUUUUUAUUGGGUAGAUCAUUAGAUAACGCCCUUCUCAAUUUGGGGUUGAAGGAAAGUUUUGGAGAGGGUGUCAAGGAUUUGGGUUUCAGAAUGGAGGAUGUCCUUGAUCAAGAAGUUGAUGCUGCUCUUGGUAACGGAGGUCUUGGUCGUCUUGCCGCUUGUUAUAUGGAUUCUCUGGCUACAUUAGACUAUCCUGCAUGGGGAUAUGGCCUCAGAUAUACUUAUGGUAUCUUUCAGCAAAGAUUAAAAGAUGGUUAUCAAGUAGAAUUUCCUGAUUAUUGGCUGAAUUUCGAUAAUCCAUGGGAGUUGCCUCGUCUUGAUGUCGUUGUUGAUGUUCAAUUCGGUGGUUCUGUCAACAAAUAUACUGAUGAUGAAGGUCGAGUGCGACAUGUUUGGGAAGGCUCUGAUAUAAUAAAAGCUGUUGCUUACGACGUUCCUAUUCCUGGAUAUGGCACCAAAAACUGCAUUAAUAUCCGUUUAUGGAGUAGUAAGCCAAAGCGUCAGUUUGAUCUUCACCGAUUUAACGAAGGCCAAUACGAACAGGCCGUUCAAGAACAAAUGCAGGCUGAAAAUAUUACUGCUGUUCUAUAUCCAAAUGACAACCAUAUGGUUGGUAAAGAAUUACGUCUCAAGCAACAAUACUUCUGGGUUGCUGCUAGCUUACACGAUAUUGUUCGUCGCUUCAAUAAAUCUGGAAAACCGUGGAGUAAAUUUCCUGAUCAGUGUCUUGACUGGGAUGAGGCUUGGGAUAUCGUUCGCCGUACGUUUGCAUUCACAAAUCACACUAUCCUUCCAGAAGCCAUGGAAAAAUGGCCUGUACCAAUGGUCGCAUAUUUACUACCAAGACAUAUGCAAAUUAUUUUCGAUAUCAAUCUGUUUUUCUUGCAAGAUGUUGAAAAAAAAUUCCCAGAUGAUAGGGACCUUCUGGCCAAAUUAUCUAUAAUUGAAGAAUCGACGCCACAGUUCGUAAGAAUGGCUCAUCUUGCCAUAGUUGGUUCACAUCGAGUUAAUGGUGUUGCUGAAUUACACUCAAACUUGAUCAAAACAACUAUUUUCAAAGAUUUCGCUAAAUAUUAUGGCUCUGAAAAGUUCGAUAAUGUAACCAAUGGAAUCACUCCACGAAGAUGGUUACAUCAAGCUAACCCAAAACUAGGUGAUUUGAUUACAGAAGUUUUGGGCAACAAAGACUGGCUAAAAGAUUUAAGUCUAUUGAAAAAACUUGAGUCGUUUGUUGAUGACAAAGAUUUCAAGAAACGAUGGGCUGAGAUUAAACAUUUUAACAAGGUUCGAUUAGCUAAACACAUCGAAACGCAGACUGGGAUCAUAGUUAGUCCCGAUGCCAUGUUUGAUAUUCAAGUGAAAAGAAUUCAUGAAUACAAAAGACAAUUCAUGAAUAUUUUAGGUGUUAUUCAUCGGUAUAACUGCUUGAAGAAAAUGUCUUCACAAGAAAAGUCAGAAGUUGUUAAACGUGCUGUCAUCUUUGGUGGAAAAGCAGCCCCAGGCUAUUAUAUUGCUAAAUUGGUUAUCAAACUAAUAAAUAGCGUCGCAGAUGUUAUUAACAAUGACAAAUCUAUCGAUAAUCUCUUAAAGGUUGUUUUCAUUCCUGAUUAUAAUGUGUCCGUUGCCGAAAUUAUUAUUCCAGCGUCAGAUAUUUCACAACAUAUUUCAACAGCUGGCACUGAAGCUUCUGGUACUAGUAAUAUGAAAUUCGUCUUAAAUGGCGGCUUAAUUCUCGGGACUGUAGAUGGUGCAAAUAUUGAGAUUCAUGAAGAAAUUGGUGAUGAUAAUAUAUUUAUGUUCGGAAAUUUGGCUGAUCAAGUUGAAGAUUUGAGGCAUGCUCAUAGGUAUCGCAAUGUGCCAAUGGAUCCUGCACUACAAGAAGUCGUUAAGGAUGUCGAAUCCGGUCAAUAUGGCGAUUCACGCAUAUUUGCUCCUCUAAUUAAUACUUUAACUGUCGGCAAAGAUUACUAUUUAAUCUCGGAUGACUUUGGAUCAUAUCUUAAUGCACAGAGCUUAGUCGAUGAAGCGUAUAAAGAUCAAGAUGAUUGGAUAAGAAAGAGUAUUUUAUGCACUGCCCGGAUGG